AUGCACCCCUUCGUCCCAGUCAGCAUCACCCCAGAUGGCUUUCCACGCUCUCCUCCAGAUCCACGCGAGCAGGAGGAUGAUAGAAGUCAGUGGACGGUUGCGCGAUACGACGAGGGAGCGCCUCGACGAGCCCUCCAUCGGUCCUCGACGCCACAUUCCCAAACCCUUUCGCUGACCUCAAGUCCAUCCUCAGGAGGCUCUCUUUCCCGGAGGCCAUCAUUGCGUGGGCCAGGCGCGGAGGCAUCGAAGCGGCCCCCACGCGAUUGGAGGUCUGACUUCAGCAUGAACGGCCCCGGCUUCCUGGGGAACCUCCUCACGCGCUCGCGGUCCAAGUCGUUCCACGGUACAACAGACUUUCUGCAGCCGAAGGUUACGCUGAACGCGUACAUCCGCUACGUCUCGAACAAGCCGCCCAUGCACUACGACUUACGCCGGGACGCAAACUCCCUCCGCUUUCGUGCCCUCGAACACCAUAUCUCGCGCUGGGAUCUCACGCGUUUUGCAUGCGAGCCGCCACUGCUCAAUAUGCGUCUCGUACACGCGCAGCUGCCGUGGUACAUAGACGUCGAGGCGGACACAAAUCCUACAGGCGUCACCCUCUUCGACCUCUUCUGCGCCAUCCAGAACUCCAUGCUUUCCCCGAUUUCCUUCAGCGACUUUUACAACAUCGAGAUGACCAACGACUUGCGCGACCAGAUCGCGGCGUCGUGGGCGGAGCGGUGUAGGACGGAGGCGGAGCGUAACCGGGGUGUCUUCAAGGUGGACUAUCUUAUGGGCAAGGUCAUAAUGGAGGGCAUCACGAAAGGGAGGGACGGGCUUUGGGAGAUCAAGACUCGGAAGCUCUAG